GUGGUCUCUUUCUUUCUCUUUCUAGUUGGUGUGUGCAUUCAUUCUUUCUUCUGGGUUUUAGCUUCUCUGUUGCUUCUCUCAGUGUCUCAUAUUCAUUAUAGCUCCAUAAGAAGAAGACAGAAGGACCCAAUUUCUUGUUUGCUCUCUUUGUUUGAGCUCUAAGCUUGUUUUAGCAAAGUAAGAGAACCCAUUUGUUGAGCUGCUUUAGCUUUGGCGUUGAAGUUGAAGAAGUGAACUUUGUUUCUGCUUUAGAGAUUCUCGUAGAAAAAAUUGGGUUUUGUUGUGAUUACGAAUUAUUGUCACAACUUGGAAAUUGAGGAGUGUGGGGGGCUGAGUUCAAGAAGAGCUGUAUGAAGUAGCAGUGAAACAAUGAGUGAUGGGAACUCUAAGAAAAGCAAGCUCUCAUGGUCCAAGAAACUGGUCAGAAAAUGGUUCAAUAUCAAGAGCAAAGCUGAGGACUUUCAAGCGGAUGAUCAUGUUUAUGGAGGGGGUGAAGUUGAAUACAGGACUAGCUUCUCAGAGAGGGAGCCUUGCAGAAUCAAAAAGAGCAAAACAGAGAAAUUUAGCAAGAGUACAGAGCAAGGCCGGCGAAGGAGAAUGAAUCUCGAUCACCCUAGAAUCAUAGAUGUGCAAAAUUACAGCAUUUUUGUAGCUACAUGGAAUGUGGCAGGAAGAUCGCCACCAAGUAAUUUGAAUCUAGAAGAUUGGCUUCAUGCUUCACCUCCUGCUGAUAUAUACGUUCUUGGGUUUCAAGAGAUAGUUCCUUUGAAUGCUGGGAAUGUUUUGGGUGCAGAAGACAAUGGUCCAGCUAAAAAAUGGCUCGCUCUCAUAAGAAAGACCCUAAACAAUCUCCCUGGAACUAGUGGAGGUGGAGGGUGCUAUACACCAUCUCCUGUUCCUCGGCCAAUUGUUGAGAUGAAUGCUGAUUUUGAGGGGUCAUCUAGGCAGAAGAAUUCUUCCUUUUUCCAUCGCCGUUCAUUCCAAACAACUAGUAGCUGGAGAAUGGACAAUGAUCCUUCAAUUUCACAACCACGACUUGAUAGACGUUUUAGUGUUUGCGAUCGGGUAAUAUUUGGUCACAGGCCAAGUGACUAUGACUCCAGUUAUAGAUGGGGUCACAGGCCAAGUGACUUUGACUCCAGUUAUAGAUGGGGCCACAGGCCAAGUGAUUAUUCCCAGAGACCAAGUGAUUAUUCCCAGAGACCAAGUGAUUAUUCCCAGAGACCAAGUGAUUAUUCUCAAAGACCAAGUGAUUAUUCUCAAAGACCAAGUGAUUAUUCGAGGCCCAGUGAUUACUCCAGGCCUAGUGAUUACUCUAGAUGGGGUUCAUCUGAUGAUGAUAAUGGCAUUGCAGAUUCCCCUAGUACCAUGUUAUACUCACCAAUGUCUUAUGGUGGGUCUGCUUCAAAUGAAAAUGGAUAUAGAAUGCCAGGGCACUCAAGAUACUGUUUAGUAGCUAGUAAGCAAAUGGUUGGCAUAUUCCUCACAGUAUGGGUUAGAAGUGAGUUAAGAGAUCAUGUUAAAAACAUGAAAGUAUCUUGUGUUGGCAGAGGGUUGAUGGGUUACCUUGGAAAUAAGGGAUCUAUCUCUAUUAGCAUGCUUGUCCAUGAGACAAGCUUCUGUUUCAUCUGCAGUCAUUUAACCUCAGGACAGAAAGAUGGAGAUGAGCUAAGGAGGAACUCUGAUGUGAUGGAGAUUCUUAAGAAGACAAGGUUUCCACGGGUUCGUGGUGCAGCUGAUGAGAAAUCCCCUGAAACAAUCCUUGGGCAUGACCGAAUCAUUUGGCUUGGGGAUUUGAAUUACCGUAUUGCCCUUUCUCACCGAUCUGCAAAGGCACUUGUUGAGAUGCAGAACUGGAGGGCAUUGUUAGAAAAGGACCAGUUACGGAUAGAGCAGAAACGUGGGCGUGUCUUUGUGGGAUGGCAUGAAGGGAAGAUUUAUUUCCCUCCAACAUACAAAUAUUCAACUAAUUCAGACAGAUAUGCAGGGGAUGAUAUGCACCCGAAGAAGAAACGCCGAACUCCAGCUUGGUGUGAUAGGAUAUUAUGGUAUGGGGAAGGCCUCCAACAAUUAUCUUAUGUUCGUGGAGAAUCAAGGUUCUCAGAUCAUAGACCAGUGUAUGGUGUAUUCUGGGCUGAGGUUGAAUCAACUCAUAGACGUUUGAAGAAAACCAUGAGCUAUUCCAGUUCUAGAAUUGAGGUAGAGGAGCUGUUGCCAUACUCGCGUGGAUAUACCGAAAUAAACUUUUUUUGAGGAUGAGGGAAUGGUUAUUCCCCCAAUUCAAGUUUCAGUGUGUUUCUUCAUUUCUGGUAUGGAUUACAUCUCAAAUCAAUCAGGUAGGAAUCAUUUUGAAGAUAUUCAUUCUUGAGGGGUGAUGGAGACAUUCCCUUAUUCACUGACAAAAAUUAAAGGUGUAAAUUUUGUAAUUGGCUCUCUAACACAUUCCACAUUUCACUAACUUAGCCUUCUCAAUCAGCAUAUCAAGUUAACUUACAAAAUACAGUUUUCGUCACAAGGCAUGGUUAUGUUUGUUUUACCUGAUUAACAAACGCCCACCUCUUCGGCAUCUCAGUUCCAUGGGAGCAUUGACAAUUCUUCACAAUGAUUAAGAAUUAACGAAUUCUUGACAUUGGGAAGCCGCCAAGUGGAUGGAUAUACAAGGAUUAUUUUAUUCAUGAUUCUUUUAUUAAUUUAGGAGAACAAAUUUUUUUUUUUUAAUGAAUGGAUGAAGGUGUGAAGGGAUGACUCCAGACAAUCAUUUUGGCACUUUAACUUUUUGUUUUAAAUGCAAAGAGAAGGAAAGGAAUUGAUGGAUAGGCAGUCACUGCUAAAGUGAUAGAGAAGAAGUGUAAAGGAGUUGAAGUGAUGAUAGAAAUCAGAAUGCUUCUUUUCUUCUGUUGCUGUUGCUUGUGAUUUUACUGGAAAAAGGCAGUUUCCUUGAUAAUCCCACUUAUGCAGUUGCUCUCUUCACUUUUCCCUUCCUUUACUGUGGUGUGAAUAACAGACCAGAAAAAAGCAGAAGACAGAUUUUCAGGUUUGGCAGCUAUAUGGAUGCCAUGAUCAGGAAAACAAUCCAAAGAAAAUCACCCCCUGGAAGAGAUAGAGACAUUGUAUAGCACACCAGCUGGAAAAGGUUGGUCUGCCUUUUGACUUUUCUUGGUUUUGCUGUUAAUUCACUCCAUUUUUCUGAUAAGGGACCCUGGAUUGCUUUUUCAUUUCCUGCUAUUUACCCUACUGACUGUGACUGACAAUACUUUGUUUCAAAUUUAAAUUAGCCUAGUAAUCUUGUUUUUCUGUAAAUAAUGGGAUAUAACUCUC